CCGGCCGUUGGGCGCGCGCAGGAGCGGGAUACGUGCGUUCGGAGCGGCCGCGAGCCAGUGGCUGGCUCCUUCAGUCAGAGAGAGAGAGAGAGAGAGAGUGACGCGGUGGAGGUGUAAGGGACUGACGCGGUGUUUACGUCUCGGUGUGAGUGUCCAGUGGCAGCAGAGAGAGCCGGGACUGAGGGAAAUAAAACCGGUAACAAUGGAUUCCAAUGCAGAAACUCAGCAUGGUGACACAAUUUCAGAAGCGGAAACUCACCAGCUGGCAGUGCAGACACAAGCACAGCUUGCCACUAUAGCGCAGGUAACCAUGCCUGGGAUCCAGUCAACGAGCAACAGCGCAACAGUAACUUUAGUGCAGUUGCCUAAUGGCCAGACUGUUCAAGUCCAAGGAGUCAUCCAAGCAGCUCAGUCAUCAGUUAUACAAUCGCCUCAUGUCCAGACUGUUCACAUUUCCGCUAUACCAGAAAGCGAGGACUCCCAAGAAUCUGUGGAUAGCAUGACGGACUCGCAGAAGCGUAGAGAAAUACUAUCAAGACGACCUUCGUAUAGGAAAAUCCUGAACGAGCUUUCGUCUGAUACCCCUGGUGUGCCAAGAAUUGAAGAGGAGAAAUCGGAAGAAGAGUCUGUUCCAACUGUUACUACAAUGACGAUGCCAACACCUAUCUAUCAAACCAGCACCGGGCAGUACAUUGCCAUCACACAGGCAGGUGCAAUGCAGCUGCCCAAUAAUGGCACAGAUGGACUGCAGGCACUAACUAUGAAUAACGCAGGAACAGGCCACGGUGGAGCAACCAUUGUACAGUACACCCAGAGUCCUGAUGGCCAACAGAUCUUUGUGCCAAGCAGCCAAGUGGUCGUACAAGGUGCCGUGGGAGAUGUCCAGACUUAUCAAAUUCGUACAACUUCAAACUCCACUGCUGGUCAGGGAAUGGUAAUGGCAUCAUCCCCAGUACUUCAGAACCAGCCACAAAACACUGAGGAAACCACUCGCAAACGAGAAAUUCGCCUCAUGAAAAACAGGGAAGCAGCGCGAGAGUGUCGUCGCAAGAAAAAGGAGUAUGUGAAAUGUUUGGAAAAUCGAGUUGCUGUGCUGGAAAAUCAAAACAAGACGCUUAUUGAAGAGCUCAAGGCACUCAAGGACCUGUACUGCCAUAAAUCUGACUAGCACACCCCUGUCAUUCUUCUGGAUGAUAAAACAGACUUGCCCCAAAAGACUAUGGCAUGAGCUGGGCAACUCUGCUACUUUUUCUACUUUCUCUCCUACGUAGGGGUGAAAAUAAAACAAAACUGCAUGGAUGCAGUUCCGGCAGCUGCACAUCCAUGCACCAGGAAUCAUGUAUUGGAUCGCAGGAUCCAUCCUGGUCAAAUCUAUCUUGUUUGGAACCCGAAACAACCUGCAACCUGGUUUGGACAAAUGUUUUUUCCACGUGAACAAUUUUAUAUACAGACUAACUUAUUGGUACAAAAAAAAAAAUUAUUGUAACCAGGAAAAAAAAUCGCACACAAAAUUUUAGUGUGGUGACUCUCCCCACCACCCUGCCCUCCAUCUUUAUAUUUCCCUUCUCAUUGUUGCUCUGAGUUAUGGCAGUCGCCCCAUCAGGCAAAGUAUUAUCUUGCAUCUUCAACUAUGGCCAUGCCUUUGUUGCAUCUAGAGGCCAAAGUUAUUCAAGUCGCACACUUUGAGGCAAAUCAGGUGGCUAUAUUAUCCUUUUUCAACUGUGCCUCUUGCAGAAUAUGCCUGACUGCAGCCCAGCAACAAUAUAAAACCCACACGAAACAAUUUGGUUAGCCCACAUUUAGGCUGAUACCCCCUUUUAACCAGAGAGUUGUGAAUGUCAAGCGCCUUAACUGCUUUGCUUACCAGCCAUUCAAUCAGUUUACUUUUUUUUAAACAGUGUGAAAUUUUAAGAGUUGUUGGUUUGCAUUAUGUAUCUAUAUAGAUUUUUCUCUCCCUCUUUAUCUCUUUUUAAAUGGUGUUGUGAUCAAGCCAGAUUGUUCUGUCAAUGAAAUUGAACUGACUGAACCUAUGGCCAAAGGAAGGUGAGGCUGGAAGGAAUGCUAGUUUUGUAUUUAUCAUUCAACAAAUAAGUAAGAAAUGGAUCAAACCAUAAAACCAAUUAAUACUGUAAAGCAGCACCCAUGGUGAUGUGGGUGUGAAGAGCUGUUUUUUUAGCAGGGUUAAUUAUUGUGAAACUGGUCACCUUGUUGAAUGCCUUUGCACUGUAUUAAUAACACUUUACAUUUUUAUACUGUAUAUAUAUUUCUAUAAGAAGUGUGACUCUGCAAGGAAAAAAACUAGAAAAAGACCAAGGACUUGUGAUGCAAAUCUGUGGUUGCACUCUGUAUGGAGAGCAAUGCUGUUCUGUUAACCUAAAGUUCAGCAUCCUGGCCCCACUCCGCAAAAUAAAUUAGUCCAGUGCAAGUUUUAACAGAGCAAA